UCACCUCCUCUGGCCUCCGGACUCCGGCCUGGGCGGCGCACAGCCCCCUCCCGGCCCUGCAACCCCCGGGCGGGCGGUGCCCCUCGGACGGCCAGGCAGGGCCGGGCCCAGGGGAAAGCCGGCGGCCUGCGCGGAGGAGGCGGCCAGCACGGCUGGCGGAGCAUGAGCGCCUCAGGUUCCGGCCAUCACUGCUCUAGACCCAGAGGAAGACUGGCUCAGGGAAGGACGGGCGCCAGCCCAGAGGAGUGGAAGUUGGACCUCCGUAACGGGACAGCGGCUGCUGUCUACUGAGCACCGACCACAUGCCAGGAGGAGGGCCAGAGAUGGAUGACUACAUGGAGACCCUGAAGGAUGAGGAGGACGCCCUGUGGGAGAAUGUGGAGUGCAACCGGCACAUGUUGAGUCGCUACAUCAACCCAGCCAAGCUCACCCCCUACCUGCGCCAGUGUAAGGUCAUCGAUGAGCAAGAUGAAGACGAAGUGCUCAGUGCGCCCAUGCUGCCAUCCAAGAUCAACAGGGCAGGCCGACUAUUGGACAUUCUACAUACGAAGGGCCAAAGGGGCUAUGUGGUCUUCUUGGAGAGCCUGGAAUUCUACUACCCAGAACUGUACAAACUGGUGACCGGAAAGGAGCCCACCCGGAGAUUCUCUACCAUUGUGGUGGAGGAAGGCCACGAGGGCCUCACGCACUUCCUGAUGAAUGAGGUCAUCAAGCUGCAGCAGCAGAUGAAGGCCAAGGACCUGCAGCGGUGCGAGCUGCUGGCCAAGUCACGCCAGCUGGAGGAUGAGAAGAAGCAGCUGACGCUGACGCGGGUGGAGCUGCUGACCUUCCAGGAGCGGUACUACAAGAUGAAGGAGGAGCGCGACAGCUACAACGACGAGCUGGUCAAGGUGAAGGACGACAACUACAACUUGGCCAUGCGCUACGCCCAGCUCAGCGAAGAGAAGAACAUGGCGGUCAUGAGGAGCCGAGACCUGCAACUCGAGAUCGACCAGCUCAAGCAUAGGUUGAAUAAGAUGGAGGAAGAGUGUAAGCUGGAGAGGAACCAGUCUCUGAAACUAAAGAACGACAUCGAGAAUCGGCCCAAGAGAGAGCAGGUCCUGGAGCUGGAGCGGGAGAACGAGAUGCUGAAGACCAAGAUCCAGGAGCUGCAGUCCAUCAUCCAGGCCGGGAAGCGCAGCCUGCCCGACUCCGACAAGGCCAUCUUGGACAUCCUGGAACACGACCGCAAGGAGGCUCUGGAGGACCGGCAGGAGCUCGUCAACAAGAUCUACAACCUGCAGGAGGAGGUCCGCCAGGCGGAGGAGCUUCGGGACAAGUACCUGGAGGAGAAGGAGGACCUGGAGCUGAAGUGCUCGACCCUGGGCAAGGACUGUGAGAUGUACAAGCACCGCAUGAACACAGUCAUGCUGCAGCUGGAAGAGGUGGAGCGCGAGCGGGACCAGGCCUUCCAUUCCCGGGACGAAGCGCAGACCCAGUACUCACAGUGCUUAAUCGAGAAGGACAAGUACAGGAAGCAGAUCAGGGAGCUGGAGGAGAGGAAUGACGAGAUGAGAAUCGAGAUGGUCCGGCGAGAGGCCUGCAUCGUCACCCUGGAGAGCAAGCUCCGGCGCCUGUCCAAGGACAGCGGCAGCCUCGACCAGAGUCUGCCCAGGAACCUGCCAGUGGCCAUCAUCUCUCAGAACUUCGGGGACGCCAGCCCCAGGACCAACGGUCAGGAAGCGGAUGACUCGUCGACCUCGGAGGAGUCACCAGAAGACAGCAGAUACUUCCUGCCCUACCACCCACCCAAGCGCAGGAUGAAUUUGAAGGGCAUCCAGCUGCAGAGAGCCAAAUCCCCCAUCAGCCUGAAGCGAGCCUCGGAUUUCCAAGGGCGAGGCCAUGAAGAAGAAGGCACGGACGCCAGCCCCAGCUCCUCCAGAUCCCUGCCCAUCACCAACUCGUUCUCCAAAAUGCAGCCGCACCGGAGCCGCUCCAGCAUCAUGUCCAUCACCGCCGAGCCCCCCGGCAACGACUCCAUUGUCAGGCGCUAUAAGGAAGACGCGCCUCACCGGAGCGCUGUCGAAGAAGACAACGACAGUGGCGGGUUCGAUGCCUUAGACUUUGAUGACGACAGUCACGAGCACUGCUCCUAUGGCCCCUCAUCCAUCCACUCCUCCUCCUCCUCCCACCAGUCUGAGGGCCUGGACGCCUACGACCUGGAGCAGGUCAACCUCAUGUUUAGGAAGUUCUCUCUAGAAAGACCCUUCCGGCCGUCCGUCACGUCUGUGGGGCACGUGCGGGGCCCCGGGCCCUCAGUGCAGCAAGCCACGCUCAACGGCGACAGCCUCACCUCCCAGCUCACCUUGCUCGGGGGCAACGCUCGAGGCAGUUUCGUGCACUCGGUCAAGCCUGGCUCCGAAGCCGAGAGAGUUGGCCUCCGCGAGGGCCACCAGCUGCUGGUGCUGGAAGGCUGCAUCAGAGGCGAGAAGCAGAGUGUCCCCCUCGAUGCGUGCACGAAGGAGGAGGUGCACUGGACCAUCCAGAGGUGCAGCGGCUCCAUCAAACUACAGUACAAGGCCAACCAGGAAGGGUACCGGAAGCUUCUGAAGGACAUGGAGGAGGGCCUGAUCACAUCUGGGGACUCGUUCUACAUCCGGCUGAACCUGAACAUCUCCAGCCAGCUGGAUGCCUGCUCCAUGUCCCUCAAGUGCGAUGACGUGGUGCACGUCCGCGACACCAUGUACCAGGACAGGCACGAGUGGCUGUGCGCGCGGGUCGACCCUUUCACCGACUAUGACCUGGACGUGGGCACCAUACCCAGCUACAGCCGAGCCCAGCAGCUCCUCCUCGUCAAGCUGCAGCGCCUGAUGCACCGGGGCAGCCGGGAGGAGGCAGACGGCACCCACCACACCCUGAGGGCCCUCCGGAACACCUUGCAGCCUGAGGAGCCAGUUUCCACCAGUGACCCCCGGGUCAGUCCCCGCCUCUCUCGGGCAAGUUUCCUCUUCGGCCAACUCCUCCAGUUCGUCAGCAGGUCUGAGAACAAGUACAAGAGAAUGAAUAGCAAUGAGCGAGUCCGUAUUGUCUCCGGAAGUCCCCUGGGGAGCCUGGCCCGCUCCUCGCUGGACGCCGCCAAGCUUUUAACCGACAAGCAGGAAGAGUUGGACCCGGAAAGUGAGCUCAGCAAGAGCCUCAGCCUGAUCCCCUACAGCCUGGUGCGCGCCUUCUACUGUGAGCGCCGCCGGCCCGUCCUCUUCACCCCCACCAUGCUGGCCAAGCCGCUGGUCCAGAAGCUGCUCAACUCGGGAGGUGCCAUGGAGUUCACCAUGUGCAAGCCGGAUGUGGUCACCAGGGACGAGUUCCUCAGGAAGCAGAAGACGGACACCAUCAUCUACUCCCGAGAGAAGAACCCCAACACUUUCGAAUGCAUCGUUCCCGCCAACAUUGAAGCUGUGGCCGCCAAGGACAAGCACUGUCUGCUGGAGGCUGGGAUCGGCUGCACCAGAGACUUGAUCAAGUCCAGGAUCUACCCCAUUGUGCUCUUCAUUCGGGUGUCAGAGAAGAACAUCAAAAGGUUCAGGAAGAUGCUGCCUCGGCCUGAGACAGAGGAGGAGUUCCUGCGGCUGUGCCGGCUCAAGGAGAAGGAGCUGGAGGCCUUGCCCUGCCUGUACGCCACAGUGGAGGCGGACAUGUGGGGCAGCGUGGAGGAGCUGCUGCGCGUCCUCAAGGACAAGAUCAGCGAGGAGCAACGCAAGACCAUCUGGGUGGACGAGGACCAGCUGUGAGGCGGGGUCCUCAAGUCUGAGCGGCAGCGCUGCGGGUGCAAGUGGGGCACGGAGCCCUUGGGGGAGCCCCGGCGCAGGCUCGGCUGCGGGGACGGGCCCCCCACAGCUGGGGAUGGGCCGACCUGGCACCGCGUCAUCGGGCCAUCAGCACAGAGGCCGAGAUGCCAGGCGCGAGGCCAGCGAUCCCUCAGAAGCCGGAACAGCGGAUGAAUGUAACGCCUGGGACAGGUGUGCAGGCCACGUGUGGCACCCUGACCUCGGGGCCCCCGCCAGCCCUGGGGACACACGACAUGCCCAUUCCCUGGCCGGACAGACAGUUGGGGCAGAUGGGGAAGCAUGUGCCGUGCUGUCAUUUCUCUGCAUUAAAACCUCUCCAUUUCCUCAUUUUCAACCUUUCUCAAAGCUCUUGCUGUUGAGUCGUUUGCGGAGGGGCUCAGCUCCCGGCACCUCCGUGGCCUGCACACCGCUUCCGGGAAAGCUUAGGUCAGGCCCCAGGUCCCUCGCAGUGGGGAGGGGGGGCACCCUGCGUCGCGGUCCCCCCAGAAUGGACCUGAUUUGCGUCUGGGCUUUGGGUGUGAUUAUUCUUACCCCCUUUGACGACGAUGCGUCCCAAUUUGGGUGAUAAAUUGUAGAGUGACUCCAAGAAGGACCCUUCCUAGAAGGUCACCCUGCCCUCCAGACCCCACCCCAAAGUCACCCUGCCCCCCGGACCUCCCAUCCCGAGGCCAGGGCCCCUCACUCACUCUCUGAUCCUCUGUCUGCAGCCUCACAUCACCCUGCAUGGGGGGUAAGGGGCUCUAUCGGGUUUGCUCCCACCGCCAGGAGCUGGGCUGGGUGUGCGUGCAGGAAAGCCGUGGCUCCCUCCACGGCAGAGAGCAAAGGCCCUGUGGGUUCUAGAACCAGUCUUCUCCCUGACCCGCUUCAUGCAGACUUUCCCAGUGUGGACACGCCCGGGUGUGGCCAAGCCAGGCACCGGGCCACGUCCAGCCUGGCACCAUGCUAUGUAUUCAGCAACUGGGUACUGGCAGGCCAGGGUCACUGCCUGCUCGGGGUGUUCAAGGGAAAUGCGGGAGCAGCUGCUGGGUGAAGAGCCAAUACCCGCAUUCCCUUCCUUACUCACAGAAUCCCGUUUUGAUUCUGGGAAACUAUGUACGGCUAACAGACCUUAUCCUCUAGCCUCCCUUGCAGCUGAGGUCAUCAAGGAAAUGUGAGGCGACAAGGUUUGGGGGAAAGACGAUGCGGAUCAACAGUCCUUUCUCCUGUUUCCUGCCUGGAAUACGGCUGUGAUGGCUGGAGCUCCAGCAGUCACCUCAAGGCAACCUUGAGAAUGGAAACCCUACACAGAGGACGGUGGAACAGAGAGAGAAAAGGAGUCAGCAUCGCUGAUGGCACUUGAGCCCGGGACUGCUGCUUGGGUUUUGUUUACAAGCGACAGAAAUAAAUCUAUCUUAUGUUA